AUGAAUUGCAGCGUGACGCCUCUUGCCAGGCUCGUCGGCACUGGUGUUCUCCCGGGUCCACAGACAGAGGCUGCCAAGCAAGAUAGGGCGCUCUUCAUGCAGAUUCUGCAAGCGCAUCAACUCUGCAUCCUCAACAGCUGGAGUCGGCCGACAGCCACGUAUCAACAUCCUAAAGGCAGGUCGCAAAUUGAUUUCAUAGCGACACGGGUGCCCUUGGCGGAUGGAUGGGCGAAGACCUGUAGACCCUACGAGUCUCUACUAGCUGGGUGGCGUUCAGCGGGACACAAGCCUCUUGUUGCCAGUUUGCGCCCCUCCUGGAAACCUUGGGCACUCUCCAGGAGCGUCAAAGAUGAUGCCAUACGAGCCGCCCAAGACAGCCUUGGAUACGCUGAGGGUCUGCUCAAGCCCUUGCACGUAGCGCUGCAGUCUAGCUCAGCCAGGCCAGACCCUCGACCAAGCAUGCCGCAGCGAGCGAAUGUAGACCAGCAUAUCCACGGUUUCUGGCAACUCCGCAGACGUGUGAGCAAGCUUCGCUGGCGAGAUGCGCGUGGCAUUCUCCUUGCUUGGCACUUGAGUGCGCGACUUAAAGCUGCAAAGCGGGACGUAGACCGCAGAUUGCGCCAGGCUAAACGUGCCCGUAUUUUAGCAGUCCUCCAGCAAGCAGAGGAUGCGGCGGCACAGAAAUUGGCUGGCGGGUUCUACCGGUUUGUCAAGCUCCUUAGCCCGAAAACCAAUGCCCAACGCAUAAGGCUCCGUGAUGAUCAGGGUGGACUCGUAGAUCAGCGCGGGGAAUGCAAAAUCCUCGCCAACUACGCGGCAUCCCUGUUUAAAGGUCAAGCCUGGACCCUUCCCCAGCUUCUUCCCGUGCCGACAGAGCUCUUUUCGGCUGCGCGAUGGCUCGAGGCCUUCAGGGUUAUUCCUCGGAAUAAGGCUGUCCCUGUUUUCACGCCACCACUGGCUAGCUGGAAGGACCAGGCUAAAGAGCUCAGUAGUGCGUUAGAGGGAGUCGUGGCUCGCAGCAUUGGUGCCGAAUCUCCCGUCAUUCCAGUUGAAUGGGUCUCGGUACAGAUUGCUUGGCUACCAAAGCCUAACAAGUGCCCCUCCUGCCCGUCUAACUUGCGCACCAUCGGACUAAUGUCCGGGGAUCAGAAAGCUCUCCUUCACAUCAUCAAAGAGCACAUCCGGGCCCCCAUCAUGUCUGCACUACUGCACACUCCGCAGUACGCGUACAGAGCUGGGGUCUCUACACAUGAUGCCAUACUUCGCUCUUCAGGACACUGCGCCCAGAUGCGGCGUCAGCUUGAGUCGCUCAAGACAGAUCUUACUUCGAAGCUUUCCGGUAGGCAUAGGACUGAGCUUGUCGGUGGCCUCAUGGCCAACCUGGACUUGGCCAAGGCAUUUGACACUUUGCCGUACUCAGAGAUUUACCAGUCGCUGUGUGACGCAGGAGUUGAUGACAUUUUAUGUAGGCUGAUUGUUCACCUUCAUGCCUCAACACAGUGCGUCAUUUUGCAUGGUUCUUCCUGCGAAGUCGUUGCCAUGUCGCGCGGGCUGCGUCAAGGAUGUCCCAUUGCGCCAUAUAUCUUCGCGGCUUGGUCUGUAAGAGUGUGCAAGUGCAUUGAUGCGGUCCUGGGGUCGGGUUGGAGCCAAUCUCAUUUGACUUUGUUUUCGGACGACACACACUGCUUUUGGAGCAUCAACAAUGUCGCCGAGCUCGAUGUUGCAGUCGGGCAGCUGACAACAAUCAUCCAAACUCUCACCCGUCUUGGGAUGCGGAUCAACUUUAGUAAGUCCUCUGCGGUCUGUGCGCUGAAAGGUUUGGGUUCUCACCGAGCACAGCGCAGACACUUCUGCUGGCGUGACGGCAUGCUGUGCCUCCGAUUGCGCCAGGAGCCUGCGGACCUGCAUAUUCCUUUGGGGGAAACUCUGGAGUACCUUGGGGUCAUUCUAAGCUAUCACCAUUUUGAGCUCCAAAGUGCCAUGUUCCGUGCCAGCAAGGCUGAUGCUAACUUUGCGCGCUUACACAAAGUACUUCGCACCAAUGGUCCCCUUUCGGACAGACAGCGUCAGCGGGUAUAUACAGCUUGUGUGCAUAGCUGCCUAGUUUACGGUCUUGCCGGGGUCGGUUUCACGAAAGCCAGCUACAGGGUGAUUCAGUCCAAGCUGUGCCAGCAUCUGUGUAAAGUUCUGCGCGUGUAUCAGGAAGGAGUCACCAAUCACUCCGUACUACAACGUGCGGGCAUCGCCCCUCAGGAUGAUCUCCGCAAGCGCGCCGCAGCGCAGCUGCGUGCCAUCGAGUCUGACACAGGCCGAUCCCCCUCCCUCAAACACCACGAGCUCAAGCGUGCGCAGGAAGUCAUUGAGAGUCUUGAUGUUGCCAUUGAAUGCAGUUCCGGAACCCCUACAACUUCGCUUGUUCGGCUUUGUGCUAGCGCCACCGCCAUUGCAGAGUGUUCUGUCUGUGGUCAGUCAUUUGCGGGGAGCCACAAUCUGGUCAUGCACAUUAAUUCCAAACAUCCCGAGAUCAAUCAGACUGCAAAGGUUGCGUUCAAACGUCAUUUACAUGCUCUUCAUGGUGUACCGCGUUGCCGCUUCUGCCGUGUUGUGCAUCACAGCUGGCAGGUUCUUGAACAGCAUAUCACCUGUGGCAUGUGCCCGGUCAUCAAAGCUGGAGUUGGUAGAGGGUUUAACAUUGAGGCCAUUUUUCAGUCUGUUGUUGAGAACGAGCUCAUUGACCCCCCGAUCCCACCAGUAGGCAUCUCCAGUAGCUCUGCCUUGCUCUUCUAUGGGCCCGAGCACCGGCAGUGCCUCCCAUCUGUUAUCAAGCAGGUGCCCACGGUUCGUCAAUACACCACUGCGUGCGCUCUCUGCGGGCAACGCCUCCAGGAUGCAAGCCGCAUUAAGGACCACUGGCGCAAGACUCAUGCUCUUGCCUGGCAGCUUGCAGAGGUAGAAGCUCGUAGUCACGCCAGAAGCCUAUGUGCCACCUUUAGCGUCCCAUGCCAAUACUGCUCCAGCACAGCCAAAGACCCCAAAGCCCAUUCGGCGCAAUGCCCGGCCAUGUUUCAACUGCUUGCUGUCAGGAUUCUGCAUCGCAAGCGCUGCACGCUGGGCGAGCUCCAGAAGGAAGCGGGUUCGCAUACGGCUGCGGCUGCAGCUCCAACCACGCGGUUGGCAAAUCCGCACACUCAGUGCUACAUCAAUGCUAGCAUUCUAGCGUUGGGCCACGCCCUACACGUGCUGCCCAUACCGAGUGCCCUUGAUGACGUGCUUCGCAUUUGUCAGGAGCACGGCUCUGCCUCUCAUUCUCUUCACAUUGCAGCUCAGGCCGAACUGGUAGCACUCACGCCCACUUGGUUUUUCGGCAUACGUCAGCAGGAUGCCGCUGAGUAUCUCACGCUAUUGCUUCAGUUUCUCAUGCAUGAAGCGUGGCAGUCCAGGCUGCAACACGAAGGGGUACAAGUGCGGGACCGUGGUUUACUUAUCACCCUAGACCUUUCUCGUUCCGGUUCAAAUUUGCAGCAGUCGAUUCAGGACUGGCAUGUGCAGCAUUUUACCCAUGCGCUAAGCGCCAGCCCUCCAGUGUUGUGCAUUCAGCUUGGCCGGUACCCGGGUUAUCGUAAGCUUGCGCAUCCUAUUAACAUUCCACAAGCCCUUGAUAUCCCCUCGUUUGUUUCAGCGGAUUCGCUGUCGGUUACCUGGGUGCGCUACUCUGUCACCUCCAUCAUUGUUCACCUAGGUGUUAUGUUGACUGAGGCCGAGGAGUUUGCAUCAUUUGAUUUUCUCGCCUCUUAUGCGCCUAACGGGGCGCGCCAGGCAAAGGACGCGGAGAUUCCAAACGAGAUCGUGAACAGUUCGGCCAGUCCAAUCAAGGGCCCCAUCGUGGCAAUCAGCGUAGCGCAGCUUCGGAACGAGGUUCAAAUGCUUCAAAAGAUUGUGCUGCGUCACGAGGACGCGCUAGGCUUGAUGCGGCAGGAGGUGGCGUUCAUCAUUCACUUCCGCAUCGGUGUGGACGCAUCCUUGGUCAACGACAUCUACAAGUCACAGCUUGGAUGGCGUGAGCUUCGCAAAAACCAGCCGGCCAAGAUCACCACAACCCUUCGCAACACGCUGAUGGAGUGUGUGUUCAAGGUUCUUCUGCAUCGUAUACAGAAGCUGGAGGACCCAGAUCAGCAGGCAGUGCGUGAUCGCCUUACCAAGGCUGGAUGGCUUGACUCCAGACCGCAGCCCCACUCGGAAGUGAAAGCUGCUCUCACGUCACUUUUGGAGGGCGUCAAAAAGCCCGACUCGGUGACAAAAUUUCACCCGCUGCGACCGGUGACCAACUCCAUGUCAGGCGAGAGCGUAGCCUUCGCAUUGCAAUAUCCGUUUCGUGGUGAGCUAGCCCGCUCGCUCUAUGAAGCUACGGUGCAGCUUAGCAACUCGUCGGCCACGCAGAUGAUUGCUGCGCAGAUCAGGGUGGAUCGGGAGCAGCGCUCGGGGCUUGCUAACGCCAUAGCGCGACAGAGCUGA